GAGAUGUUGUUCCUUCCAUCCUUUUUUAUUGUAAUGGUUCAUUUAACUGUCCAUUUAGUGGAUGAAGUAAUACAAGGUGGUCCAGUACAUUAUCGAUGGAUGUAUUUUGUUGAAAGAUUGUUAGGUCAUUUCAAGUCACUUAUAGGGAACAAAUCACAGGCAAAAGGAUGUAUAGCUGAAGGUCAAAAAAUUGAAGAAGCUCUAACUCUUUAUUCUCGUUAUUUUGAGGAUAUCAAAUCGAGGGUAAAUAGGCCUAAACGAGUAAAUGAUGAAACAAAUCAUGAUGAGGUUCCUGAAAGGUCAUCUAUGUUCCCUCGACAAGGUAAAGUUGUCGGAGGCUUCAUAACAUUUGCUUUGACUCAUUUGGAGAAAACUCAAGCUCAUCGAUAUGUAUUACAUAAUUGCGCUUCAGCAAAGCCAUUUAUUGAUGAAUUUAGGCAACACAUUAAAAGGAGUUCAAGAGGCAGAAAACCUUCGAUAACAGAGGUAGAAAACAGAAUUAAUAUAGAGUUUACUGAUUGGUUUCCUAAGCGGAUAAUGAAUCCAGAUAUAGAAGACACAAUCUCUCAUGACAUAAAGUUUUUAGCACAAGGUCCAGCGCCAUAUGCAAGAAGAUUCACUGCUUAUAACAUUAAUGGGUUCAAAUUUCGAACUUUGUCAAGAGAACAAGGAUUGAAAACUCUAAAUAGUGGAGUUUUUCUUAUGUCUAACACUUCUUGCGGUGCAUGUAGUGCUGAUAUAAAUGCAAGACAAGCAAAUUUGCCAUAUUAUGGGAAGUUGGAAGAUAUUAUUGAGCUUAACUAUUAUGGUAAGUUCUGGGUUGUGCUUUUCAAAUGCAAGUGGGCUGACACUACUUGAGAUAGAGGGUUUAAAAGAGAUGUUUGGAACUUUAAUUGCGUCAAUUUUUCUAAAUUGAUUCACACCGG